AAGGAGGCACAGACAGAGCAGAAAGCAGAGCGCCGAGAUCUGGAUCACACGACACAACAAGGAAAACUGACACAUCCUAAAACUCUAGGUUUCAACACCUGCAAAUCUCUGGUUGACGACCAACAUCAUCAAUAGGGAAAUAGUGAGCUCUCCAUUGCAUCACGCGCCUCACCACACCCAGUGCUUUCUAUUAGCAGUCCAUUAAAGCUACUGAACCAGAUGCGCAGCAUUUAUGCUCAUUCCACGAAAGAUGCAGACCUUUCGACAUAAGGAGUCUCUCAUCCCUCGACCUCGAGGGACUUUGCCUCUGGUGUGCGCGGGGUUGUCGGCUGCCGUGGCGACAGGGGGCAUCGUGUUACUGUCUCCUCAGCGCUUUUUCGGCUGGGUUGCCAUGGUAAUGCUCAUCCUCACCCUUGGGCCUCUGCUGCACGGCGUCUGUCUGCUGGCAGAGGAGGUCCUGCACCAUUCAAACACCAGGUAUCGAGGGCGUCGGCUUCUGAGCCACGUGCCGCCAGCCUGUGGUUUGUGGGGGAAGACCCUGCUGGCUGCAGGGCUGGCGAGCCUCCUGCUCUACCUGGUCGGCAAUCCUCUGCCAGAGAGAGGUCAAUGUGCGAAACUCCUCUUCAUGUCAUCAGUUCUUUAUGCCCUGUUGAAGAGCCUGGGAGUCCUGGCGCCGUCAGGGGUGGAGGUGUCGGACAUCUGUGAGGGGAGGAAGAUGAACGUGGCCCACGGCCUGGCCUGGUCCUUCUACCUGGGCUACCUGCGCCUGGUGCUGCCACAUUUGGAGGCAUCCAUUGCAAAGUUUCGUGCCACCCAUAGAGGUGAAGGUCACACUUGGACUUGUGGUUCCAAGAAGCUCCUAAUUCUCAUCCCUCUUAACGCCAACAUCUCCGACAAACUGGAACAACAGGACGACAGCAUUCGUUUCUACGACAACCUCCCCAACACUGAGCUCAACAGGGCCGGGGUCAGAGGUCGGGUCUACAAGCACAGCGUCUACACGGCUCUGGACGAGCACGGGACGUCCCAUGUGUUCGUGGGGGAGUAUGCGACGCCCCUGCUGACGCUCUACAGCAUGUCCCAGGAGAGCAGCGCUGGUUUCGGGGAGUCCGAGCGCAAGCAGCAGGUGCUGCUCUUCUACAGAACCCUGCAGGACAUCCUGGAUCAGUCACUGGAGUGUCAGAACCGCUACCGGCUCCUGCUGCUUGAUGAUGAGGAGGAGCAGGAUGCUCACGCUCUGUCCAAGGCCGUCCUCAGGCACCUGGAGCAGCAGGAGCGAGAAGAGGUCUGCGUUACCCCCCCUCCUCUACAGGACACGGCUCACCCAUUAGGCGCCCCGGCCUCGAGCCAAUGGCAGUGCCCGGAUCUCAUGAGCAGAGAGCCCACAAUCAUGGUGAGCCUGGAGGCGCCUCGGACCCUGAAGGAGCCUGUUGAGGACGCUGAGUAGCUGUUCAGAGAGUUUUAUAUGAAAGAUAUUAUCUAUUCCAAUACUUAAAAAAACAUUAGGAUAAAAUGUCAACGAGUUUAGAUAUGUCAUCAUAAAGUAACUGAUUUGGAGAAUGUGAGACCAAGGCUUCGUUGUACCAUCAUUUUUUCUGUUAUAUUUAUUUUUUUUAUAUUUAGUGUAAGGGAUAAAAUUAUAGCGAGAGAGAAUAGAGAAAAAGGGAGAAAACAGGAGCCAAUCAAUGUGUCACCAUGUUGGGAAGAGUAGGAGGAAGACGGAGCAGUCACAGGACACCUGACACCACCUGUUUGUCUGCUUCCCUCAGGCUCCCACGCACACACACACACACACGCACGCACACACACACACACAUACACACACACACGCGCGCACACACACACACACACACACACACACACACACACACACACACACACACACACACACACACACACA